AUGAGCGUGGAGUGCUUUGUUACGGGAGGGACCGGCUUCAUCGGCCAGCAUCUGGUGUCAUGCCUGAGCGCAAAAGGUCACACGAUUCGGGUGCUGAUGCGUCGCCCGGAGCGCCUGGCGCAAUUGCGGGAGCAGGUCGACAAUCUGGGAGGUGUCGCAAACCGGGUCUUUGCCGUGGCUGGCGAUCUGGAGCAGGAGAGCCUCGGCUUGAGUCUUUCCGAUCGAGAGGCUUUGCGGCAGGCCGAAGUUGUGUUCCACCUGGGCGCCCACUUCGCGUGGGGCCUUUCAAUGGAGCAUUCGCGUGCAGUGAAUGUGGAAGGUGCAAAGCGCGUGGCGUUGUUGGCAGCGCAGCAAGAUAGCCGGCUGGUGAUGAUCGGCGGCUAUAUGCUGAAGAACAAUGAACAUCUGCAGCGCAUCGGAAUUGAUCCCGGCCAUCCGGAAAGGACUCAUUGGCCUGCCGUCUAUCGGCGUGUCGGCGCUUACGAGGGGAGCAAACUGGAGGCGCAUUUCGCGACCCUGGAGUUCAUGGCUGCCAAGGGAGGGAAAAUGACCGUCGUGCACCCCGCAACGGUCUGUGGUCAUAGCCGCACGGGACAUAUACCUUGCAGCCAGCCACUGGUGGAUCUGAUACGCAAUCUGGCGCAGGGAAAACUGGCUGCAGUGCCCGGUAGCGCAGAGCACUGGUUGCCAUUGGUCACUGUGGAUUAUCUGGUCGAGCUGGUUUCGGCUUGCGCUUUUGAUCCUUCCAUGGCCGGUCAGGAGCUUCUGGCGCUUGACGACCAAAGUCCCAACUUGCGAGAACUCCUGGCAGAGGUGGCACAACCUCUUGGAAUAAAGUCCCCAAAGCAUCAUAUUUCGCUCCGAUUGCUGAAAUGGCUUUUGAGCAUUCCUCCGGUCGCACGGUUUUUGAAUACGGAUGCCGAAGCCCUGGACUUCAUCCAGACUACGCGUUUUGACACAGCGGCGGUCGAGCAAUUCGCCAAAAGGCACGGAAUAUCAAAGCCGGAUAUUCGUCAAUCGUUACGGAAUACUGCAAUGUUCGCACAGCCAAGAGCAGCCCUCCACUGCGCCCGUGUCGAGGCCGGCACCGAGCAUCCGUUUCGAGGAAUCCGCUUCAGUGAAUCAACAAGUCCAUACAAGAAUCGCUGUCCUGGGGCCCGGUGCGAUCGGACCACCGUCGCUGCUGCGUUGCACGAAGUCGGCCGCACGCCCAUGCUUUGCGGCCGUACGCCGCGUGACAGCCUGGUGCUGCAAGGUAGCGGUGUUCGCAUCGUUGUUCCCGGGCCGGUGAGAACGGAUCCAGCACAGAUUGCACGCCCGGUGGACCUCGUUUUUCUCGCGGUCAAAGCGACUCAGAACGCUGCCACUGCGCAAUGGCUUGCGGCGUUGAGCGGCCCGCAAACCGUCGUGUGUGUCCUGCAAAAACGGGGCGAGCAGUUGGAGAGUGUCACUGCGCUGUGCCCUCAGGGGCGAGUCGUUCCUGCAGUCGUGUGGUUCCCUGCGCAGGCGCAAUCCGAUGGAUCGGUGCUCCUGCGCAGCGAUGCUCGGAUCAGCCUGCCUGACGAGGCGGCCUCCCUCGUGGUUGCGCAGGCACUGCAAGGCUCCCGGUGCCUGGUAGACCUGGUUUCGAAUUUCAGAUCUCUGGCCUGGCAAAAGCUGCUGCAGAACGCGGCGGCCGGGCUCAUGGCGCUCACGCAUCGCCGCUCGGGCAUGUACGGCCGGCACGACAUCUCCAAGCUCACACUGGACUACCUGCAGGAGUGCCUGGCCGUGGCACGCGCCGAAGGUGCUGAACUGGGCGAUGAGGUCCCGCAGGCGAUCCUCGACAAGUUCCAGGCAUCCCCUGCCGACCUGGGCACGUCCAUACUGGCGGAUCGCGAAGCAGGCCGUCCGCUCGAAUGGGAUAUCCGCAACGGCGUUAUCGCGCGCCGCGGCCGGGCGCGCGGGAUUCCGACCCCGAUCGGUGAUGUCUUGCACCCCCCAAUCCCAACCCUGCCGGCCGAUUUUUCCGAAGCCGGGGACAAUACCGGGUUCGCGGGUUUUUCCGGCUCGACCUGGGUCGAGGACGGGAAUCGCUUGCGGAAGGAAGCUGCACUGGCGUUGAACCCGGACGCAGAAAACCCCAAGAUCGGACGGCGGCGAGACUGCCGAGAUGGCGCAGGUGCAUGUGACGAAGAGGGAUUGGUGGACAAGGGCCUGCCGCAGCCGCAGCGGUCGGCCCGUCAAACGCGAUACCCGCCUGGUGGGCUGGCUGCUGGCCGUGGUGUUCGUGUCGGUAUCGGCGGCCACGGUGUGGCAGUUUGUGGCUGCACGCCAGCGCACGCUGGCCGAGGUGGAUACCGUCAACCGCAAUCUGGCGCAGACGCUGAAUACCUAUUCCGAAGGCGUGAUCACCCAAAGCUCCAUGCUGCUGCUGGGCAUUGCCGAAAGGCUGGAGCUGGAUGGCGCCGGUGCCGCGCACCUGGAGCGCGUGCUGCAUCUGGUCAACCGCCAGGAGCAGUUGCUGAACAGCUCAACGAGCUGCUGGUCGUGGACGCGCAGGGGCGCUGGCUGAUGUCGUCCAAGGGGACGUUUCCCCCAGGAACGCAAAGCGCGGACCGCGACUUCUUCACGCACCACCGCGACGACCCGUCGUCAGGCAUCUACAUCGGGCCGCCGAUCCGCAGCCGCUCCACAAGCGAAUGGGUGAUCACCAUCAGCCGGCGCUAUACCGACAGCGAGGGCCAGUUUGCCGCGCGUGGGUCGUGGUGA